AAGACCCAAAUUUUUUUUAAAAAAAAGUUUGCUCUCACAAGUUGUUUUCCUUAGGCCCAAUACAAAGUAAACCAACUCCCUUUCCCUCUAAAAAUGUUCAACCCCAUGAGAAAGUAUUAAAUAGCUUUCUUAGACUUAAUCCAAACCCCCCAAAUCAACAACCUUUUCUUCAUUCUCUCAUUAAUCCACCAUUUUAUCAAUUUCAAUAAAAUUACCAAUUCCAACAUUACUCAAAUAAAAAUAGACAAAAAAGACUGAAUCUUUGCAUAAAUUCAUCAAUUUCUACCCAAAAAACAGAACAUUUUCUUCUGUUUUUUCAACAAUUUGAAUUGAAAAGAUGGCUAUUUGGCCAGGAAGAGGAUCAACAACGAAGAAAUACCAGGUAAAAUUGAAGGAAUUGAAGCUUGAAGGAUUACAAUUCGAAGGUAAAGAACGAGUAAAAAUGGCGAUUGAAGUGAAAUGGGAAGGAGCUCAUAAGUCUGGAUUUUAUUCGUCAUUAUACAAGAAAUCUCAUCAAAAUCGAACCGCGUUCUCCAAAGAAAUCGAGCUUAUGAAAUUGGAUGAAUCAAUUGAAUGGAGCAAUGAGUUCGAUCAUAUUUGCAGUUUUUCUAUCAAUUCUAAAGACCCCAUUUCAUUUUCUCCUUGGAUUGUUUCAUUCCACAUACUUUAUGUGGAGAGUGAAGAAACAUCAUCAUCAUCUUCAUCUAGUGGUAAUAAAAUGCAAGUAAUAGGCAAUGCAAAAUUAAAUUUAGGAGAAUUAGCUUCAAAAAUGGAGGCGCAAAUUCAGCAAAUAAUACCCAUCUCUUUAGAGUUGGAUGGAGUUGUCAUGAAAUCUUCCCUUCAAGUAAUUGUGAGCUUCACUGAGAUGAGAAACACAUCCCACUCGCGUACCUUAUCCCAUGACUCGUUUGGAGUCGUUCAGAACUCGAGUGAAUCAGCGAGUUUGCUAAGGAGAACUAAUAGUCAAGGUGCUUCGUUAACACAAGAGAAAGCCAAGAAAAACAAGCCUCGGUUAUUUGGGAAACAGUUUAGUCUUAAGAACUCGGGUGAGUCUUCAGCUACAUCUAGCUCGGAGAGUGAGUAUGUGGUUGUAGCUUCGAGCAGCAAAAAUGAUGAGUCUAACUCAGUGACUGAGUCGAAGAGCUCGUUGAGUUCAGAGACACAGUUGGACUUGGUCACCAAAGGUGGCUUUUGGAAAUGGAAGAGAAGAAAAUCCAUGAACAAAACUGAUCAAAAGACUGCAUCUACUGUGGAUGUAGAAAAGUCUUGCAAUUCUAGCAGCUGGGAAGAAAAGGAACUGGUGAGCAGAGAUGGGAAAACAAAGCUAAAAGCCAAUGUGUUUUUCGCCUCAUUUGACCAGCGUAGCGAGAAAGCAGCAGGGGAGAGCGCAUGCGCUGCUAUAGUGGCAGUCAUCGCCCACUGGCUCCAACUCCACGGAGUCAUGUCGUUAACAGGACCCGUAUUUGAUCGCCUCAUCACUGAGGGCUCCUUAGAAUGGAGAAAACUUUGCAGCGACGAGUCAAACAACCCCGACCGCCAUUUCGACCUCGAAACCAUCAUAAACGCCGAACUCCGGCCCCUCGCUGUCAUGUGGAACAACUCCCGGUUCGGGUUCUUCCACCCCGAGGAAUUCGACCACCUAAAAGACGCUGCAUCUUUCGAUGAGAUUUGGAAAGAAAUCAACACAGACGUGAAUGAAUCAGACCCAAGAGUCUACAUCGUCAGAUGGAACGAGCAUUUCUUUAUACUCAAGGUGGAGGCUAACGCUAACUACAUCAUCGACUCCCUAGGAGAACGGCUCUAUGAAGGGUGCAACCAAGCGUAUGUUCUGAAGUUCGAUGAUUCGACAUUGAUGCUUGAGAAGGAACAAGGGGAAGAGAAAGAGAAAAGCGAAGAAGAUAAGGUGAUAUGCAGAGGGAAGGAAUGUUGUAGGGAGUAUAUGAAGAGGUUUUUAGCAGCUAUUCCACUCAGGGAGCUGAAAGAGGAGGAAGCUAAGGGUAAAACAGUUGAUGUGUUUGCGCUAUAUAAGAGACUGCAGAUUGAUUUUCAUCUCAGUUCUAAUUCUUCUGCUGCUUCUACAGCUAAUACUUCUAUUACAGCCUCUCCUGAUACUGAGCCUCACUUCCUUGUUGAUAAUGAAUAUGUACAGAUUUAGACUCUUUUGUUUGUGUAUAGUUUUUAUAUCUGAUUGGUUAGAAACUUUAGAUUAGGACUAGAAAACUUCAUGGGUGUGCUGGAAAGAAGUUCAUUUGUGAUUGUUUUUAUUUUUAAUUUUAACAUUGAUUGAAAAGUUUUGUCCAUAAAGUAGAGAAGAAAAACAAAUAAAGAUAAUCACAAUUUUCUUCAAAAA